AACAGGCUGCUACUCCAUAAUGGAAUUCGCAAAAUUCUGAACGCUGUGGACGAUCGAAUGCUAAUAUUCGACCCAAGUGAUACAAAUCCUCUGGUCCAAAUUGAGCAGAACGUGUUCUCGAACACAUUAAACAAUGGAGAUAAGAGGCAUACAAACAGCAUCGGCAAGCACAGUUCGAGAAUUAGAGAACAUCGAUUUGUGUUUGACAAACUAUUUGACGAGGAUACAACACAAAUGGAAGUGUACGAGUUUUCGACAAAACCAUUGCUUGACUCCGUUCUUGACGGGUUCAAUGCCACUAUUUUUGCAUAUGGAGCCACUGGAUGUGGUAAAACUUUCACGAUAUCAGGUACGCCGGAAAACCCAGGUAUCAUAUUUUUAGCCAUGCAAGACUUAUUCAACAGAAUAAACGAGAUGGAAGACACGCAAAGAGCAGAGAUAACUCUCAGCUAUCUUGAAAUUUACAAUGAAACGAUCAGGGACUUGCUUAAUCCCAGCACAGAUCCUAGGUCAUUGAUAUUGCGAGAGGACGAAAAUAAGCGCAUAACAGUAGCUAAUUUAUCUACACAUACUCCGAACUCUGUGGACGAAGUCAUGGAUUUGAUCAUCAUAGGGAACAAGAACCGCACAGUUUCCCCAACAGAAGCGAACUCUACUUCUUCGCGAUCGCAUGCUAUACUUCAGAUCAAUGUGCUACGGAAGCCUCGAACAGCGGAUCUCAACGAGGAGCACACCUACGCAACCCUAUCAUUUAUCGACCUGGCAGGAAGUGAGCGCGCGUCGGCCACUAGAAACAAAGGGGCAAGGCUUCACGAGGGAGCAAAUAUUAACAAGUCACUUCUUGCUUUGGGAAACUGUAUUAAUGCUUUAUGCGACCCUCGAAAACACAACCAUGUUCCUUACAGAGAUUCCAAGUUGACGAGGCUACUGAAAUUUUCUUUGGGCGGGAAUUGCAAAACUUUCAUGAUUGUAUGCGUGUCUCCAUCAUCACGUCACUAUGACGAAACACUUAACACGUUGAAAUACGCCGAUCGUGCUAAAGAAAUUCGUACAAAGC